AUGGAUGGACGCACGUAUCCGAGGAUCUCUCGAGCAUGUCUGAUUACGGCGUGUCUUUUACCAAUGUUUUGGAUUUCGGCGACCGCAGACAUGCGGCGAAAACGAUUAGACAUUGGCGGGAUCAGAAGGGACGGUCGUCUGCACAUCGCCGAGCUCCACAUAUCGUCUCAAGUGGAGUCUAGAUUUGCCACUGUGGAUGUGUACAGUCGAAUGGUGAACCAGGACAACGCAAGUACGCAUGCGUCGUUCGUCGUUCAGAUUCCAGAAACGGCCUUCAUAACCAAUUUCUCCAUGGUCAUCAAUGGGACGUCGUAUUUAGGCAAAGUGGAGGAGAAGACGGAGUCGAAAAAGUUCGACGUAGCCCAGGAAGAGGGACAGUCUGCGUGGCAGAUCAGUUACCACGGAAGGGACAGAGACAGAGACAUGGAUGUCUUCGAGAUUGACGUGAAUGUGGCGGCAAAUUCCGAGGUGUCGUUUGAACAUAUACCAAGAAUUGCUAGAGCGCAGACUCAAGCUUCAAGGAAUCGCAAGGUUUCAAGGACUUUGCUGUCAAGUUACCGCAAAAACACUUUAAACACGACGGGCUCUCGAAGUAGUGCAAAGAUCCACGCGUCUUCAAUGACUAGAACCAUCAUGUAUAAACCAACAGCCGAGGAACAAAGAAGAUUCAACGUCGACACGGGCAUUGGUGGCGAAUUCAUUGUGGAAUAUGACGUUAACCAGAGAAAAGAUGGGGGUGUCAUGAUCAUUAAGGAUGACUGCUUCAUCCACUACGUGGCUCCCCAAAAUCUCCAACCUUUGGCAAAGAACAAUGUGUUUCUUGUCGACAUCGGUGGGUCUAUGGCAGGUGAGAAAAUACAACAAACGAAUUCCUUGUUGGUAAUCCUUGAUAAGCUAAGACCAGAAGAUGUUUUCAACAUUUUGCUGUUUGGCGAUGAUCUGAGCAGAUGGCGUCCUGAUCCGCAGGAAGCUAGUAAAACUAACACUGAAGCGGCGAAGGAUUACGUACGACAAAGAGUUCAAGCUUCAGGUUACACCAACAUUAAUGAUGCUUUGUUGGAAUCUAUUGCUUCCCUGAAGAGCUCGUUCAGUCUGCCUGGCAAUAGAGCCAAUCUGAUCGUGUUCGUGUCAGACGGUGAACCAUCAACAGGUGAAACGGACACUGAAACGAUUCGAAUUAACGUCCUAUCAGCUAACGAUGGGGAUAAAACAAUUGUCAUUUUCUCACUUGCCUUUGGAUUUGAUUUAGACUUUGAAUUCUUGAAAAGACUUUCUUGGGAUAACGACGGUGAGGCGCAUCAGAUCAGAGACGACCAAGAAGCAAACACCAAGCUGACAAACUUUUUCCUGCGAGUAGAAAAGGUUGUGUUACAGAAUGUGGACAUGCAAUAUGACCAGAACGUGGUGGAUCCUAACAACGUAACUCGAGUGAAAUACCAAUACUAUUUUGAGGGAAGUGAACUUGUUGUCGCAGGCAAAACGAAUUCCGCUGUGGGUACGUCAGAUAAAAUGAACGCUAGCGUUGUUGGUAUAGCAAAGCACGGCAAAGUGGAACUGGGAGUAUCAAAGAAAAUGGUCCUCUCAAAACAGUCCGAUUCCGCAUGCAAACUGUACGCUUAUCUCAAAAUUAAGGAUCUGCUAGAAGCGACUACCGUCACAGUUACGAAACGAUUUCGCGCAAUAAUGGCUGUGGCUACUCAUUUAAUGAUAUUCGUAUCAGGAAUGAUUACUGUGUGUUUCCUCCACACGACUCUGGCUUCGGCGGACGGGAAUUAUCAGGUGUUUGUGUUCGGUGUAGAGAAAUCGCGAGAAAAGCGAUCGGGGCGUGGAGAACUGCAGACCGGCGAUCAACAACAACAACAACCAGACAUCACCGAGCUUGUUAUUACGUCUCAAGUGGAAUCCAGAUUUGCCACCGUCGUCGUCUUCAGCCGAAUGGUGAACAAAGACAACACAAGCAAGGAAGCGUCGUUUGUUGUUCAGAUUCCUGAAACUGCGUUCAUAUCCAAGUUCUCGAUGGUGAUCAACGACACGACGUAUCUAGCGAAGGUGUACGAAAAGAAGAAGGCCCAGCAGAAGUAUGACGAAGCAAAGAAGAAAGGUCAGUCUGCCGGGCAGGUCAGCCACCAGGGCAGGACGGCCGGUAGACAUAUGGAAAUGUUUAACAUCAACGUCAACGUGGCGCCAAAUUCCGAAGUGUCGUUUGAAAUGACAUACCAAGAACUGCUGGAGCGCAGACGAUCGAAAUACAUCCAGAGGUUUAAGAUCCAACCUCUGCAGGUUGUGCCUCGUCUCUCGCUGAAGGCAGAUUUCAAGGAAACGCAAGGUUUCGAAGAAUUUUCUUUCCGGUUGCCCAACAGCACAACAGAAAUGACGACGUCCGAAGGUAGUGCAGAGCUACAAGCGACUCCGUCGACUAGAAAAAUUAUCUACAAUCCAACAGUCGAGGAACAGAAGAAAUUCAAUGUUCAAACGGGGAUUGACGGCGAAUUUAUAGUGACCUAUGACGUUAGAUUUAGAACAGACGGGGGCGUUAUGCUUGUUAAGGACGAUUGCUUCAACCACUACGUGGCGCCCAGUAAACUUCUGCCUUUGGAAAAGAACAUAGUCUUUCUCAUUGACGUCAGCGGGUCUAUGUCAGGUCACAAAAUAAAACAGGCAAGAGAGUCGCUUUUGGUCAUCCUCGCCAAGCUCAGACCAGAAGACGUCUUCAACAUUUUGGUGUUUAGUACCUCGGUGAGUAGAUGGCGUUCUGCACCGCAGAAAGCUAGCAGUGCCAACGUUGAAAUGGCGACGGCGUAUGUAAAGGAUAAGGUUGUAGCUGGCGGCGGCACCAACAUUAAUGACGCUUUGUUGGAAGCUAUUGGGACGUUGAAGAACUCGUUCAGUCUUCCAGGAGUGCGGGCAAGUCUGAUCGUGUUUUUGACAGACGGAGAACCGACAGAAGGUGUUACAGAUACAAAGAAGAUCCGGAAUAACGUCAUGGAGGCCAACAGUGGAGAGAAAAGAAUCGGUAUUUUUUCCUUAGCUUUCGGAUUUAAUUUAGACAUCGAAUUCUUGAAGACACUGUCAUGGGAAAAUGGCGGCUUCGCGCGUCGAAUUUAUGCCGAACAAGAUGCGGAAUCCCAGCUGAUGAAUGUCUAUUUGGAAAUACAGACCCCGGUGUUGGUGAACUUGGACGUAAAAUAUGACGUUAAGAUGGUUGACCCUAGCGAUGUCACUCGGGCCAACUACCUCCAGUAUUUUGAUGGAACUGAAGUCGUUAUUGCUGGCAAAACUAAAGUCGUAGUGGACAGACCUAACACGAUGAAUGUGAGUGUUGUUGGAAUGGCAAAACACGGCUUAAUGAACCUAGCGGUCGUGUCAAGGCAGGUGAUUUUCAAAGAGGACACGUUUUCCACGUGUAAACUGUACGCUUAUCUCAAAAUAAAGGAUCUGCUACGACAAAAGGCCAUUGCUAAGACCGAAGAAGAGGCGGACAGCUUUGAACGCAAAGCGCUGAACAUGUCUCUGGAAUAUGGGUUCGUGACUCCACUGACGUCUUUGGUGGUGGUUCAGGGAGACGAAGAAAUAAAAACGAAUCGCAGGGUGUCCAAGGAUUUGUUUUCGUCAUAUGCCUCUUCUACCAGAUAUAUCAUACCUAGUGUCUUCGUGUGUUACCUAUCUUCUGUGAUUUCUGUUUUUGUGUUCUAUUUUGUCGUUGAACUGAUAUACCAAGAAUUGCUAGAGCGCAGACUGUCUAAAUACAUCCAGAGGUUCAUCAUUCAGCCAUUUCAGAUUGUCCCUGAUCUUAAUUUAACAGCAAGCUUCAAGAAAUCGCAAGGUUUCAAGGACUUUGCUGUCAAGUUACCGCAAAACACUUUAAACACGACGGGCUCUCGAAGUAGUGCAAAGAUCCAUGUGUCUUCAAUGACUAGAACCAUCAUGUAUAAACCAACAGCCGAGGAACAAAGAAGAUUCAACGUCGACACUGGCAUUGGUGACGAAUUCAUUGUGGAAUAUGACGUUAACCAGAGAAAAGAUGGGUGUGUCAUGAUCAUUAAGGAUGACUGGUUCAUCCACUACGUGGCUCCCAAAAAUCUCCAACCUUUGGCAAAGAACAUCGUGUUUCUCGUUGACAUCGGUGGGUCUAUGGCAGGUGAGAAAAUACAACAAGCACGAAAUUCCGUCUUGGUAAUCCUUGAUAAGCUAAGACCAGAAGAUGUUUUCAACAUUUUGCUGUUUAGCGAUGACGUGAGCAGAUGGCGUCCUGAUCAGCAGAAAGCUAGUAAAACUAACACUGAAGCGGCGAAGGAUUACGUACAACAAAGAGUUCAAGCUUCAUGUGGCACCAACAUUAAUGAUGCUUUGUUGGAAUCUAUUGCUUCCCUGAAGAGCUCGUUCAGUCUGCUUGGCAAUCGAGCCAAUCUGAUCGUGUACGUGUCAGACGGCGAACCAUCAACAGGUGAAACGGACACUGAAACGAUUCGAACUAACGUCCUAUCAGCUAACGAUGGGGAGAAAACAAUUGUCAUUUUCUGACUUGCCUUUGGAUUUAAUUUAGACUUUGAAUUCUUGAAAAGACUUUCUUAGUAUAACGACGGAGAGGCACAUCAGAUCAGAGACGACCAAGAACUUUUUCCUGUGAAUAGAAAAGUUUGCGUUACAGAAUGUGGACAUGCUAUAUGACCAGAACGUGGUGGAUCCUAACAAUGUAACUUGAGUGAAAUACCAGUACUAUUUUGAGGGAAGUGAACUUGUUGUCGCAGGCAAAAUGAAUUCCGCUGUGGGUACGCCAGAUAAAAUAACGCUAGCGUUGUUGGUAUAGCAAAGCACGGCAAAAUGGAACUGGGAGUAUCAAAGGAAAUGGUCCUCUCAAAACAUUCCUAUUCCGCAUGCAAACUGUACGCUUAUCUCAAAAUAAAGGACCUGCAACGACAAAAGGCCAUUGCUAAGACCGAAGAAGAGGCGGACAGCUUUGAACGCAAAGCUCUGGACAGGUCUUUUGAGUAUGGGUUCGUGACUCCACUGACGGCAUUCGGGGUGGUACCAGGAGAUCCGAUAGGUCAUUGGGGAAGACCACAGACGGUCGCUGAGCCAGCUCCUACCCAAUCUCCUCUUCGUUCUGUCAACGCUGCGAAUUCUGCAAACACUACAAAUUCUGCUCGGUUUAUUACACCCAGUUUUGCCUUGUAUUACCUAACCGUAAUGACUGCUGUUUAUCCUUAAAAAAAAAAAGAACAAGGCGCAUUUGUAGCAUCAUAGACCCUUUGGUAUAUUAGGGUUCUGGAGUUUCAGAAUCAAUAUUGACAUGACCGCAAGCAUCAUUUAGUGCUCACAGACCUCGGUCUAUGCACCUAUUGAUUAACCAAUUGUAACUUCACAUCUGUCAGUUAGUUAACACGUAGCGAUCAGUAACUGUUCUUGUAUUCCAUACUUCACAGACACUGUACUUGUUCCAUAGUUCUGAUAGGGACUCGUAUGAGUGGUGCAUGCUUUUAUUUGUAUUACCAGGGCUUCUAGAUUAUGAUAGCCCCACUCCCAUUGCUAGUGAUAUUCAGUGUUGGGCUAGUAAAUACCUACUAUAACUAGCCCGACGGCUAGUAGAAACAAAAACCCUUGCCUAAUGCUGCAGUUACAUAUUUUGUAAAUAUGAAUAUCCUGCCCCCUCUUUCCACUCCCAGUUUAAGGAUUUUUAAGCUCUAUAUCCCUUUUUAGGUGACAUAUCUGAUUA